CAUUGGAUUCCAGUUCCACAGCUCCCUCUCUUUCCCUUCACUCUCCUCCCCUACCGUAUCCGUGACGGAUCCAGCUUCUCGGCAAUCGCAAUUCUGACAGGAUACUAACGUUGUCCUCUGGCGCGAAUUCUUCGAUAGAUUCCCUCUUAAGGGCGGGUUAAAAAUUUAAAAUAUAAAAAGAUAUCCAAUUAGCAAGAUUAUUAAGUAAUACUGAAGCGUAUUUAUAGUAUUAUUAUAAAUACUAGACGAGCCCCUUCCGUCCCCGAUCAAAUACCCCCUUCUCGUUUUUCGAGUCGGACGCUCGUCAUUGGCAUGUAAUGGCCUCCACAAAGGACUCCAACAGGGCUUCGGGAGAGAGAGAAACCGGCGACCCUUCGAAGGGGAUGAUCACCCUGGCAUCGGUGAGGGAUUCUCUAAUCAGGCAGGAGGACACCAUCGUGUUCAGUCUCAUAGAGAGGGCCAGGUUCCCGUACAACGCCCCGGUGUACGACCCUUCGUUCCUGGGGUCAGGCCAGUCCCUUGUCGAGCUUUUCGUUAGAGAGUCCGAGGCUCUUCAUGCCAAGGUUGCACGAUAUCAAAACCCAGAAGAAGUUCCCUUCUUCCCUGAUGAUCUACCAUUGCCACUCCCACUUCCUAGUGAUAAUCCAGAGGUCUUGCAUCCAACGUCUGCACCUGUAAGUGUGAGUAAGGACAUAUGGAACAUGUAUUUCAAUGAUUUGCUUCCACUAAUCACUGUCAAGGGUGAUGAUGGUAACUAUGCAUUGACAGCGGCGGCAGAUCUUGCAUGUUUGCAGGCUCUAUCUAGGAGAAUCCAUUAUGGUAAGUUUGUGGCAGAAGUGAAGUUCAGAGAUGCUCCACAAGAUUACAGUCCAGCAAUCCGUAAUAAGGAUGGGGAUGCUUUAAUGAAAUUGUUGACAUUCAAGAAUGUUGAAGAGAUGGUAAAGAGAAGGGUGGAGAAAAAGGCUAUGGUGUUUGGGCAAGAUGUAACCUUACAGGACAAGGUUAAUAAGGUGGAGUUCACUGAUGGUGAGAUCAAGGUAGACCCCUCAGUGGUUUCUCGUCUCUAUGAUGAGUGGGUUAUGCCCAUGACAAAGCAUGUUCAAGUUGAGUAUCUUCUCCGUCGUCUUGAUUGAUUAUGUUGGCUGAAUUUUGUGUUAGAAUGGUGCUUUUAUACUUUUGAAUCUCCAAAAUAAGAAAAUAAACAUAUUGUAUCGAGGACGAUGAUUUCAUCCCAUGAAGCUUGACGACUCCUUUUCCUUUUUCUGCUUUUUUU